UUUAUUAGUCGAGAUAUUUUGAAGAAUUUCUUUCUAAUAAUUUGUUAAUAAUUAAGACCAAAAUAUUGUCUCUAAGUAUACCAAUUUAUUUCCUGUACCAUUCUAUCAGUUUUGUUUGAUGAAUAUCACUAUUCGGCAAGCAAAAUGGAACUGGGUCCAGCCCGACGUGUGUGCUAUGAACAAAUGAAGGCUAUCAUGGACUUUAUGGGGCAACAUGUGGACUUUGCGAUGGGCGUUCUGCGAACCACAGAGGCGCGACACAAAUCUAAGAAACUCUGGAGCGAACUCGCGAAAACCGUAAACAGCAUUCGUGGCGGGACUAAGAAGACUCCGGAUAUGUGGAGUAGGUACUGGAGUGACUUCAAAAAUAAAUUAAAAAAGAAAGUGAAAGUAUUGAACAGGAAGAAGAGACUCGGCAGCUACACCUCUGACAAGGAAAGCAAGCCGCUCACCAAACUAGAGAAGCGGGCGCUCGUCAUUCUUGGCCCUAAAUUUGCUAAGAUUAGCAACAGGGAGGAAGGCAGUCAUUCUUUUUCUAAGCAUUUGCCAGCUGAAGUGAAGGUGGAGGAUUAUCAGGACAAUGGAGACUGCUGCAAGGAACCCAGUGAAUCUAGUGACAGGCUUUCAAUAGAUGGAGAUAGAGAUGGUGACUCUGAAGGCUCCAGUCCUGAAGAUAAUGGUGAUGAUGACACUGAACUAAGUUUGAAUGAUUCCACAUUAUCAAAUAUCUACCCAAAAUGGCUAGUGGAAGUGGAGAAGAAGCGAGCUGAUGCGGAGUUGAUACGCGCGCGCGCCGAGGAGCAGCGGGCGACAGUCGCCACUAAAACUGCCGACGCCGCCAUGGUGCAGGCUGAGGCCUUGAAAAAGCUCUCCGACGCUGCUGCGGCUCAAGCCGACGCCCUCAUGCGGAUAGCCCUGUACCUCGAAAGCCGAGGACACAACAAUCAGCAUCUACUGCCCAUUUGAUCUCAGGCAGGUCAACCCAGUGAUUACAGAAUGUAUAAUGGAUUUGCUGGUCACCAAAGAUAGUUUCAACGUGUGGUGAAUUAGUAGACACUCGAGAGUUGUAACUAUUGACUGUGAAGGUUAGUGUGUGAGGUGGGGAAACUAGGAUGGGACAUAAUUUGGAAGUUGUAGAGUAGUUGUAGAAUUGACAUAGGAGCAACACUAUUUUUACAACUAUUGUACCUGGUUUAUGUAAAUAAAGAAGUGCAAUAAAAGUUUCUACAAGUAAGGGAA